AUGGCUCCCCCUGAAGCGUCUCCCGUUGGGCUCGUUCCGGCUGGUGGUCCUCAUGGGAAUAAGCCGUUGGAUGCGCUUUUGGAGCCUGUCACGCCGAAGACUCUGUUCAAUGGCGCGUCGGCUCCUCCGGCUGACAACGGGAUUGCGGAGUUGAUAGAGAGAACGUCGGCUUCGCGGAUUAACGGUCUGCCGGCAGACAAGGUCAAGGGUGGGCAGGACGCGGGGAUACUGUCGAAACAUAUGGUGCUGGUGGGUGACCUCAACAUGAUAGCAGACCCAGACCUGGACAAGUCGUCUGGGGUGGGGUCAGGGAGAGAGAAUCAGCAGUUUCUCGAGGCAUGGAGGACGCAUGAUCUCCGAGAUGCCUUCCGGGUUCUGCAUCCCACAGAAAAGGAAUACACUUUCAAGGAUAGGGCCUCACAGUCAAAGACACGCAUCGACAGGGCUAUGGUGUCCAUGUCCUUGCUCGGCAACCUGGAAGGGGUGUGCCAUGUGGCAGUGCCGAGGAAUCUGACGGACCAUUGGUUCGCUGUCAAGAUAAGGCUGAAGUUCACCUCGACGCACACGUACGGUCCGGGACUCUGGAGGUUCCAUGCGUCAAGGGGAAAAAGGAGAGGGGUGAGAAAGGUUAUACAGGAAGUGGUGGAAGGUCUGAGCAAGGCAGGGAGGGUCUCUCUGGAGCAGGUGCUGCCUAAGCUCACGGCGGUUCUGCGAGCACACGAAAAAGAGGAGCGAAAGAGAGUUUUGGCCACCCAGCGACAUCUUACGGAAGAGGUGGAAAGGCUGAGACACAUGAUCAUGGGUGGUCCGACGGAUGACAAGACGAAGGCGCUGCUGCUGUCCAGGGAAGAGCAGCUGGAAGCUUACCGGGAAAACGAGAGGGAGAGACUAGAGGUCUUUGCAGGACUCGCGGCAGAGCUGCAGGGAGAGAUCCCGUCACCAUACCUCUCUGCUCAGGUGAAGAUGCGGAAAGACCGCACGCUGAUCGAGGAGGUGCAGUUUAAAGGUUCGUGCCGCAGGGGUUCCCAAGCGGUGUUGUCGGCGGCGUCGGAGUACUUUGCGGAAGCUUUUAAGGCGGAGGCGGCGGGUUCACAGCCGAGCGAUCUUGUUAUCCAGGUGGACAGGAAGCUGCCGGGGGUGGCAGCAGACAGACUCAAGGCUCCAUGGACGGAACUGGAGGUUAAGGCGGCUCUGGAUGGGCUCCCGAAGGGGAAAUCGCCAGGACAGGAUGGUCUGCCUGCAGAGCUCUUUAUCGGCCACUGGGAUCUGCUCAAAAACAGUUUCAUGGGUUUGGUCAGGAAGUUCGAAGAAACGGGGAAGUUGCCGGACUCACUGACGACGGCGGUAACAGUCCUACUGCAUAAAAAAGGGGAGAAGGAUCUGCUCACGAACUACAGACCGAUUUUGCUUCUCACCACUGUGUACAAGGUCCUUGCCAAGGAGCUGGCAAACAGGCUCAAGCAGGAGCUGCAUUUAAUCAUCUCAAAGGAGCAACACGGCUUCAUACCGGGCCGCAGCCUGGCGGACGCAGUGGCGGUGGUGGCGGAUGCCAUAGAAGCGGCAGACAAUGACGGGGAGGAUUGGUACCUCCUGCUGGUGGAUUUCCAGAAGGCUUACGACACGGUGUCGCGGGAUUUCCUCUUCAAGACGUUGGAGAAGCUCGGACUGCCGGCGCAGUUUGUCGGUUGGACGGAAGGUCUGCAUCGGGGAGCAGGGACGAAGAUGGCGGUUAACGGGUGGAUCGGGGAGAAGGUGGAAAUGCAGAGAGGGGUGCGUCAGGGGUGUCCCUUAGCGCCAUACCUGUUUUUGUGCGCCCUGGAGCCACUAUGCGCGGAGAUAAAGAGGCGCGGUCUGGGAGUCAAGGCGGAGGAAGGCAAAGCAGUGUCGUAUGUGGGAUACGCAGACAAUACCUCGCUGAUCCUCAAGGGCGCUGAUCAGCUGCGCGAGGCGGCAGAAGUAUUAGAGUGGUUUGGCGAUCUAUCAGGCCUGCGCAUCAACCGAGACAAAUCAAUCGUCAUGCCACUAGGAAGGAACAAAGGCAAGACGUCGCUGCCAGGGAUUACCUUCAAAUGGGCGAUGGAGGAGGUCCCUGAAAGGCUACUGGGGGUGUGGGUGACUCCGAACGGAGACGCAUCGCCGUCCUGGGAGAAGGCUUGGGAGAGGGGGAGAAGAGAGCUGGUUAAGUGGGAGAGCAAACAUUUGCUAACGGCAUCGAGGGUGACGGUGAUCAACAGCUACAUCAUGCCGAUUUUCCUGUUCCAGGCGCAGAUCUACCCGCCGCCGGAAGAGCUCUGGGGGAAGAUACAGAAAACAUGCGAUAAUUAUGUUUCAAAGGGAGAAACGACUGCGGAGAAAAUUUUCGUUCUCUGGAGUGGCGAACUCGCUCGUCUGCCGAAGAAGAAGGGAGGUUUGGGGCUGAUCGACCCGAAGGAACGGCUGGACAGCCUGGCGAUACGUCAGGUGGGAAAGUUCCUAACGGAGCAAGACACCACCAAGCGAUGGCUGACGGAAAAGGCGGCGGCAAUGCCGCAAGGAGUCGCGUCGUUUUUCGCUCACAAGUCUGCGGGCAAGCACUGGGAGAAGGGGAGCCAGAGGUGGAAAGCGAUAGCUGAAGUAUUUUGGGAGUCCCCUUUCGCCGACCUGCCGGCGCCCUCCAGCAGCUGGGAGGUGGAGCGGGAGCUGCUCUGUUUCAACCGCCACAUCAUGUACCGCGGGGGGAGCCCGUUCGGGAAUCAGAAGGGAACGUCGGGCAUCCUGAAGACCAGAAUGAGAGACCUGCUCACAACAAAAGAGGACGGGAGUAGAGACAUCAAAGAUGUCAAAACGUUGGCAAGGGAGUUUGGAAGCGUGGUACCGGCCCGAUGGGCGAAAAAGGCUUUCGAAGCAGCCCCGGCGGAAUGGAAAGCAUUGCUGAGGGCGCCCAGAACAGCGGAAGCGGUUGUGGCGGCCGCAAAAGUGGUGCGCACGGUCCUGACUCGCACGCAGGAGUUCCUGUACUGGACAGUUAAAGAGGCCAAAGACGGAGAAGUCGUACUGGAAGACAUUCGGUGCUCGGAUGGCCUGAACCUGGUAGUGCCGUCGACGCCGGUGGUGGCUGUUUUCUCCGCCAAGAGGACGGAGCCGGUAGCGAUGAAAGGAGGGACAGUGCUCGGGGCGAUGGGCGAGCCGAGGGCGAAGUUGUGUCAGACCCUGCUGGUGGAAGAUAACAUGAGACCGGCGGCACCUAGGGUGAUCAGAAGAGUAUUGGCGGGGCCGGCGGGGGCGUCAAGACGCAGACAUGAGUGGGACGAGGAGCUAGGCAAGAAAAUUGAUUGGAAAGCAGUAAGGGAGAGGAGGGACUCCUUGGCGAUCCCCUACAGGGCGAGGGAUGUGGUGUUGAGGAUGCACAGCAAAAACCUGCAGGUGGGGGGGAGGCUGGUUUUCCUGGGCUCCGGAGGAAACUGUCCGCACUGUGGAGGCCCAGAAACCUUGGACCACUGCAUACGUACCUGUCCAGUCAUUCAGCCGGUGAUUGGUGCUCUCUUGCGCUCUCUGGGAAUGAUUAAUCCGACGGACCAGACGAGCUCGCUCGGGGACAUGCUGUUCUCAGAGGGAGCCACGAAGUCCGGAUUCCCCGGGGGGACGUUGACAGCGGUGACAAUGAGAAGAAUUUGGCUGGCCAGAGUGGAUGCCGUUUUCCGGAAGGAGAGAUUUCAGAGGAAAAAGGUGGUAAGGGCGGCAAUUUAUGAUUUUAUGCGUCACGCGAGGCUGUACAGGGCGGAAAAGUUAAGGAAGGCAGCAAAGAACAGGAACAUGCAAGGACACGUACUGGACCCGUGGGGGGGUCUGGCAGGAGAUGAACGAGCGGCAAUCGCAAGGAUAAGCGAAACAGGGGUGCAAGCCACGUGGAAGGUGGAUUUUCUCUCCGUUUGGCAAAACCCCAAAACCUUCCACCGGCCGCCGUAA